AUGGGUCCCACCCCUGGAUCCCAGCCCCUGGAUCCCACCCCUGGAUCCCGGCCCCUGGAUCCCACCCCUGGGUCCCAGCCCCUGGAUCCCACCCCUGGAUCCCACCCCUGGAUCCCGGACCCUGGAUCCCACCCCUGGAUCCCACCCCUGGGUCCAGCCCCUGGAUCCCAGCCCCUGGGUCCAGCCCCUGGAUCCCACCCCUGGGUCCAGCCCCUGGGUCCAGCCCCUGUAUCCCACCCCUGGGUCCAGCCCCUGGGUCCAGCCCCUGGAUCCCACCCCUGGAUCCCAACCCCUGGAUCCCACCCCUGGAUCCCGGACCCUGGAUCCCACCCCUGGGUCCAGCCCCUGGAUCCCAGCCCCUGGGUCCAGCCCCUGGGUCCAGCCCCUGGAUCCCACCCCUGGGUCCAGCCCCUGGAUCCCACCCCUGGGUCCAGCCCCUGGGUCCAGCCCCUGGAUCCCGCCCCUGGGUCCAGCCCCUGGAUCCCGCCCCUGGGUCCAGCCCCUGGAUCCCGCCCCUGGGUCCAGCCCCGGAUCCCACCCCUGGGUCCAGCCCCUGGAUCCCACCCCUGGAUCCCACCCCUGAAUCCCACCCCUGGGUCCAGCCCCUGGGUCCAAGCCCCUGGAUCCCACCACUGGAUCCCGGCCCCUGGAUCCCACCCCUGGGUCGAGUCCCUGGAUCCCAGCCCCUGGGUCCAGCCCCUGGGUCCGGCACCUGGAUCCCACCCCUGGGUCCAGCCCCUGGAUCCCACCCCUGGGUCCAGCCCCUGCGUCCAGCCCCUGGAUCCCGGCCCCUGGAUCCCACCCCUGGAUCCCACCCCUGGGUCCAGCCCCUGGAUCCCGGCCCCUGGAUCCCACCCCUGGGUCCAGCCCCUGGAUCCCACCCCUGGAUCCCACCCCUGGGUCCAGCCCCUGGAUCCCGGCCACUGGAUCCCACCCCUGGAUCCCACCCCUGGGUCCAGCCCAUGGGUCCAGCCCCUGGGUCCCACCCCUGGGUCCCAGCCCCUGGAUCCCACCCCUGGAUCCCAGCCCCUGGAUCCCACCCCUGGAUCCCACCCCUGGGUCCAGCCCCUGGGUCCAGCCCCUGGAUCCCACCCCAGGGUCCAGCCCCUGGAUCCCACCCCUGGGUCCAGCCCCUGGAUCCCGGCCGCUGGAUCCCACCCCUGGAUCCCACCCCUGGGUCCAGCCCCUGGGUCGAGCCCCUGGAUCCCACCCCUGGGUCCAGUCCCUGGAUCCCGGCCCCUGGAUCCCACCCCUGGAUCCCACCCCUGGAUCCCGGCCCCUGGAUCCCACCCCUGGAUCCCACCCCUGGGUCCAGCCCCUGGAUCUAGGCCCCUGGAUCCCACCCCUGGGUCCAGCCCCUGGAUCCCGGCCCCUGGAUCCCACCCCUGGGUCCAGCCCCUGGAUCCCGGCCCCUGGAUCCCACCCCUGGGUCCAGCCCCUGGAUCCCACCCCUGGGUCCAGCCCCUGCGUCCAGCCCCUGGAUCCCACCCCUGGGUCCAGCCCCUGCGUCCAGCCCCUGGAUCCCGGCCCCUGGAUCCCACCCCUGGGUCCAGCCCCUGGAUCCCGGCCCCUGGAUCCAGCCCCUGGAUCCCACCCCCGGGUCCAGCCCCUGGGUCCAGCCCCUGGGUCCCACCCCUGGGUCCCACCCCUGGGUCCCAGCCCCUGGAUCCCACCCCUGGAUCCCACCCCUGGAUCCCGGCCCCUGGAUCCCACCCCUGGGUCCAGCCCCUGGGUCCAGCCCCUGGGUCCCACCCCUGGGUCCAGCCCCUGGGUCCAGCCCCUGGGUCCCACCCCUGGGUCGAGCCCCUGGAUCCCACCCCUGGGUCCAGUCCCUGGAUCCUGGCCCCUGGAUCCCACCCCUGGAUCCCACCCCUGGGUCCAGCCCCUGGAUCCCACCCCUGGGUCCAGCCCCCGGGUCCCGGCCCCUGGAUCCCACCCCUGGGUCCAGCCCCCGGGUCCCGGCCCCUCAGUUUGACUUUCACCUGA